UACGGGGAGGGGGGGAACUCCAUCCCCCAGCGUGCCCCGCGGGGGCUGCGUCCAAUAGCAGCGGCAGCGAGGCCGGACCCGGCGGCGGCGGCGGAGGCCGUUCAAAGUGGUGGCGCUUGCAGGGCGUGAGGAGAAUGGCGGAGCCGGCGGAGUACCCCCCUUUCCAGCUGGGGAAGCCCCGCUUCCAGCAGACUUCGUUUUAUGGCCGAUUCAGGCACUUCUUGGACAUCGUUGACCCCCGCACUCUCUUUGUUACUGAGAGUCGUCUGAAAGAAGCUGUGCAAUUGCUGGAGGAUUAUAAACAUGGGACUUUACCCCCUGGAGUCACCAACAAAGAGCUUUGGGGAGCUCAAAAAAUAAAGCAGGCCAUCAUACAUCCUGAUACUAAUGAGAAGAUCUUCAUGCCUUUCAGAAUGUCAGGUUACAUUCCUUUUGGAACACCCAUCGUUGUUGGUCUUCUCCUGCCAAACCAGACGCUGGUGUCCACUGUUUUUUGGCAGUGGUUGAAUCAGAGCCACAACGCAUGUGUCAACUAUGCAAACCGAAAUGCAACUAAGCCUUCUCCAACAUCCAAGUUCAUCCAGGGCUACUUGGGAGCUGUCAUAAGUGCUGUCUCAAUUGCAGUGGGCCUUAAUGUUCUGGUUCAGAGAGCAAACAAGUUUACCCCAGCCACCCGUCUCCUGAUCCAGAGGUUUGUGCCAUUCCCUGCUGUAGCUAGUGCCAAUAUCUGCAAUGUUGUCCUGAUGAGGCACACAGAGCUGGAAGAAGGGAUUGAUGUCCUGGACAGUAACGGAAACAUUGUCGGAUCUUCCAGAAUUGCUGCCAAGCAUGCACUGAUAGAGACAGCCCUGACUAGAGUGGUCCUGCCAAUGCCUAUACUGGUUCUACCUCCAAUUAUUAUGUCUAUACUGGAAAAAACGUCUCUCCUGCGAGCCCGUCCCCGGAUGGUUCUCCCAGUGCAAGGCUUUGUGUGCCUCGCGGCCUUUGGCCUGGCUCUUCCCUUGGCCAUCAGUCUCUUUCCACAGAUGUCGGAGAUUGAGACAUCUCGACUGGAGCCAGAAAUUGCAAUGGCCACUACCAGUAAGACGGUUGUCUACAAUAAAGGAUUGUAAGUGGAAGUGGAUCCUCUCAGCACAGAAGAUUGGAGGAGCAGAGGGGGACGCUCACAAUUACUUCUGGGGGGGAAAAUAAACAAACACUAGAACUCAGAGAUAGUAACAUAUUACCACUCUCAGGAGCUGGGAGUGAAUUAACACUUUCAGAAUACUGACACCUCACAUCAGUCAAAAAGAUUCAUAUUAAAAGUUUUAAAUUAGCAACAAGAACAAAAACAAAUGACUUUCAAGCACGUUAGAGAACUAGCUACAAUAUAAUGUCCUGAAUUAGAAACAGCACUGCAUGGAAAGGAGUUUAAUGAUAUGUUGACAUGGGUAUGCCUAACUCUCUGUGAAAGUAGACUACGCAAGACAAUUUUGUUUUUUCAUAAGAAUUAAAUCUCAACACUUGGAUGCUGCACAGAAAUAA